UGCUCUCCAGUCUUCGUAUUCGUAGCGUGGUAUUCCAGUGUUAAAACAUUAAAAGCUAGGCUGGAAAAAGGACAACAGUUAAAUAGAAGAUACCAACACUAUUGGUAUCCACCGUCAGCGGUACGGAGCUGCAAACUCCAUUUGGCAUAAUUCCCCACACACACACACACGCACACACCGCGACACACACAGCAAAAAGUCGAUUUUUCACCAACAUAAAGUUGUAUAUGUGCAAACUUUCAAUUGCUCGACAUUAAACGCAAUUGCAAUACACAAAUUUCAUAUAAAUUUACUAAUAAAAAAAAGAGAAAAACCUGAUCAAGAUGUGCGUUAUAAAAGAUUGAAGUUGCAAUCCGUUUCGGUUUUCAAACGCAAUGCUGAGCUCAUCGUAGAGCAUAGAAAAGCAGGAAAACUUUCAACUUUUAACAUUGAACCACCCCCUAAAAAAAAACUAAAAGGCUCCCCCGCUCCUUGUUGCGUUCGAAACCAGAUCCCAGGUCCAUCUCUGGCCUGUUGUUUGUGAUGUUAUGUUUAUGGUAAUGAGAAAAGUGAUAAUGCGUGUGACUAAACGCCUCAAAGGCUGUUGAGCGAUGCACUGUGAAAGGGGGCGGAGGACAGCCUUAGCCUUAAACUUAUCCUGAGCCCAAAAAUACAACAAAAAAAAAAAAACGAGAGGCAGCAUCAACUUUUGUUGGAAUCAAGUGCAACACAACGAUACAGCAAACACAUAUAAUUAUACGUCCAGGACAACGAUAAGCAAAAGCUAAGUACGGCUGCGAAACGACAACAACAAGGACGACGACCACGACCAGGUCGACGACUAGGACGCGCACAUGGCGAGCUGGAGCUGGAGCAUCUUGUGCGCAACGCUGCUGGCCGGCCUCACAUUACUCACGGUGACCCACACGGUGCACAUCACGAAUCUUCGUGUGCCGCACACUUACACACUCGAACGUGAUAAUGAGCCCGAUCCUCUGGUGUUGGACUGCGAGUACGAAAUGGGGUCGGGGGAGAAGGGCUUUGUCCUCAAGUGGCUGUUCAAUAAUCACUCCAUCUAUCAGUGGAUACCCUCCGUAAAGGGUUUCGCCAUGGGCUUCAUGAAGGCAAAGAUAGACACCAAAAUAUUCUCCUUGGAGGGCAGUCCCGGUGUUAUAUCGAUAAAGAAUCCCGACUGGAACAUGACGGGGGAAUACACUUGUGCCGUGCAAACCUUUGAGUCUACGGAUAAGCGAAGUGCCCGCUUACAAAUAAUCGUUCCUGAGUCGGAUUUCAUGCUGGAGGCACGCAUGGGAGGCGAGCAAACCGACGUGGACAUCAUGUGCGCCGUUCAGAAUGUUUUCCCUCAACCAGUUCUAUCUGUCAUCUUUGAUACACACAUACUGGACUCGGUGCUCACACAGUUGGAUCAGAAUCCGAGCGGUCUGUAUAGCAUGACAGUGCGAACGCGCAUUCCUAGAGAUCAACUCGAAUCGCCCACACCGAUAACAUGUGCGUUUUUCCUGCUUGGCACAAACUAUACCAAACGCAGGGAGACUAUUUUCUAUGAUAAAGCCACAAAUAUACAACGCAAAUGGACAACAGUCGCCGUAGUUAUGUCGAUCGCAUCUUUAGCUUUAAGCAGUUAGUUUGGUAGUGUUUUUAGUAGGCUAUGUACGUAUUUGUUUUUAUGUUCGAAUAGAAUGUUUACAAUUCUUUAUUUCUCAUUUUUAAAUAGAAUUUUUAACGAUAAACGUAAUUUUUUGCGGUAUUUUUAAAAAAGCGCUUAUUUUGUAAAUGCAUGUAAAUGUAAGAGAAAACAACACACACACACACCCGUAUACACACUCCCACAGACACUCACACAGACACUAAAACCCAUUAAAACAUGACUAACACACACAACCAACAUAAAACA